UCCUCGAGGAACGCAGCGCGGAAUACUCGCGCAACGUCGGAACAAGACGAAGCCGGUGUGGGAGGGUGGAAGUCGGUGUGGUGGUCGUUAUUGAUUGAACGCAGAGCCGCACUAAUCGCGCAAGCUCGUCGUCCGCCCUGAAUGAAGUGACGUGCUCUUUCGCAUAUGGAGACGCGAAUAGAGGGACGAUAAGAUAAGACCUGUGCAGGGCCCUCAACAGCCGACCAGCAGUGACGACGACGACGAGGAUGCUCCUUCAACGGGGCUGCACUUGGCUGACGUUGAUGCCGCUCCUGUUUAGCCUGUCCACCGGCGAGCUCAGCUUUUAUCGGGGUGAGCAAGAUGCGCUCCCGGAAACGUCGGAGGAUGCUGCGUUGAAGCACCUGGCUCGCUAUCUGGAGACGCGGCUCCAGCAGCAGCGUCUUCAUCAGUCGCACCUGCCUACGUUCCUGUGGCCGAUGCACAAGAAGCACAACAAUCUGGAUCGCCAGGAGGAGCGCUUCCUAAAAUUUCUGGCCGAAAGGCAAAUCACUCUGGACGACCUGAAGCAGUUCUUGGUAAAGAACUUCCUGGCGCAUCAUUAUCGUGUGAAUCACAAUCCGAUCGCCGAUCAGAUCUCAGAUCGAGAACCGGAGUAUCUAUCUUAUUACAAUUCAGAUCUCAAGCGUCUGGCUUACCCCGAAGAGAAACAGCCGAACGAAAACGACGACCGUUUCCCUAAGAACAUAAGGCAAAUUUUCGAUGAGGAUAGAGAGCUCUCCUCCAGAGAUAUCGACUUUAUACUAGACAUUUUCCGUGACAAGUCGGAUCUCAAUGGGAUGGGAACGCUGCAUUAUGAGCGUGGAAGGGAGGCAGUACCUAUGCGCCCGGCAACGGCAGCGAGCGAACCAAAAUUCACGUUUAAGUUCGACGACUCGAAUCUCAAAGAGAAGCACCCAUUUGCGGUAAAGCCGAACGAUCCCAGAUAUUACGGCGAGGCACCAUUUUCGUCGGACGAUUUAGAUUGGCAAGACGCGUCGAGAGUGAAUUGGAAGGAAGAAGAGACUGCGGAUAAAGAGCGAAUAUUGAUGAAGCACGAACACGACUUGCGAAAUCAGGAGACGCCUCAGGACUUGACCGCGAGACUCGACGUAUCGGAACCGGAAAGAUCUGCGGGACGUCAUCCGGUGAUCGUACCCGUAAAUCACGACUUCAACAAUGACAUUUAUUUUAUCGCAAUUGUGGCCGGUUGCAGCGCAGCUGCGAUGUUCGCUUUAGUAUUGAUCAGUUUAACGUGGUGCAGGCUGCAACGCGGUGCGAAAGCUGCAGCGGACAUAGAAUAUCCUGCUUACGGUGUGACAGGACCGAAUAAGGACGUGUCGCCUUCCGGCGACCAGAGACUCGCUCAGUCCGCCCAGAUGUAUCACUUUCAACAUCAAAAGCAACAAAUUAUCGCUAUGGAAAACCGCACUUCUGCAACGAGGGACCCGGGUUCCCUUUCGGAAGCGGAGAGCGAUGAAGAAAAUGAAGAGGGAGACUAUACCGUCUACGAAUGUCCAGGACUUGCAUCUACGGGCGAGAUGGAGGUGAAGAACCCGAUGUUCCACGACGAUCCUACCCCGGCGACGCCGGCGGCGCAGAACAACAAAAAAGAGGACCACAUAUAGUUCCAAUAAAGUAGAGAGAGUAAAAGCCAUACGCGCGCGAUCUGAAAUCUUUCCUGGUGCUUAGCCCACUGUUAAUGUACCAUAUCGGAAACGUUUAUCCAUUAUAUUGAGUGUAUACAAUUUUAAUAUUUAUACAUAUAUGGCGCGAUACGUUUCACGGAGAAGGAAAGAGAGGGUAGAGAUCGGUACUAGAACGACCGACGUCACUUUUCGUUUCGGAAGUAAAACACAGAAGCGUUUACCUACAUAAUGAAUACAAUCAGAACACGACGAACGGGUCAACAAGGGUGCGUCUGCGACUUUAUGCGGGUGGAUUUAGUAACCUGCGGUUUGUCGUGAUCGCAUCGUCGAGUCGGUCGAAUCAAAUUGAUCUUGCGAAACGUCGACGGUGCGCUUUUUCAAGAAAAUUCAAUCCUAAAAAAAGAAACACCACUCUUUUUAGUUAUAUUACGAGAUAUAUAUAUUGUGAAAGACGACAGUAUUUACACCCUUACAGUCUUUUACAGUCUUUUUACAGUUUACAGUCUUUUUCCCUGCAUCAGGGCGACGUCAGGUUUCCCCAUCACCGAAGCGUCACAUUGUUUUCUCGCGAUUUCACGAGCGGAAGUAAAAACGGAAUUCGAAUGAGGAGUGAAUUAAUCGGCGAUCGAAGCCGCGUCUUUGCAAGAACACCCAGUUUUCUAAUGUCGCGACGUACAUAUAGUUUGUACUUUCAUAGUAGGAGCAGGUUGCCGCACGAUCGCAAUUAUUUUUCUAUGACUCUCGUCACCGACCGCGCGCACAGUUCGGAUAUCUGAUGAGCACUUGACAGAUAUUCGAUGGAUAUAUUGCGGUCCGUCGGAUAUGCGUGCUGUGCACGAGCGGCCGAUAUACCAAGGUCCAUCGUCCGAGAUUACACUCCUUUGAAAGUAAAAAGACAAAAUGAACCGCGUUAAUUUGGGACGGUCUACGAUUCUUGCGGAAGCUAUUCGAAUCUGUUUAGUAUUGGUCGGACGCAUAUGGAAAGUUAUACAGUAUUAUUGUAUAAUUACACGAUUGUAUGUCACGAAAUCUUAACUCUUAUACAACUGUCUUAGGGUAUACAAGCGUAAGUACCACACUAAAGCCGUGUGUUCCGCAGAAUGUAUCAGUUUUAACACACACGCGGGGAACAGUCGGAUUGUUUCUAUCACAGAGCAAAUGUCCCCGUUUAGAACUGCAAGGAGAUUGUGACGGGAAGACGUUAUAGUUUGAAUUUGUGCUAUAUUAUUUCUAUAUAGAUAUAUUAAACGACGGCAGACAAAACGAGUUUCUGGUAAACUCGCUUAUAUAAGUGACUACGUACGUUUCACUGAAAUCUUUGCUAUAAAAAGUUUCCCCGAUCUUUUAGAAGAGAAAAUUAAUUAACCGUCUCGAGCUUUGUAUUAUAUUCUCCGAUUGCUUACAAUGUGUGCUAACCAUAAGUGGCGAUACAAAGUAGUUUUGUCUGAGCUGAAGCAAAUUGUUUGAAAGUAUAUACUUGUUACGUUUUAUUAUUCUAAUCUAAAGUAACAGUCCGAGACUCUUCUGCUUUGUGUGAUACAAGAAAGUCAAUAGCAUGAGCCGUGCAACAUACGAAUUAAAGUAAUCGAGGUUUUCGUUCUUAAAAAAAGAAAAGGAAGCGUUUCUUUGCGAAUAGUGAUCGGGAAUGCGAGGAAACUGUUCUCUUUCGACAGUUGCCGAUAGAUAUAUUACAUGUACACUUGCAUACACACGACACACGCGCAUAACAUUUGUUGGCUUAAAAGGACAAUAUAUUUUAUUUUUCUAUGACAACGGUCAUUGUUAGCUGUGUAAAGAGACUCUAUAUCGCUAUUAAUCCUAAGUCGGGCGCGGAGCUGCUGUUUAUUUUAGCGAAAUGUUAAAUGUCUAUUUAACGCAAGGAUACGACGCAGAGCUAAGGCGGGAGAGACGUAUGUCCGUCUUGCGUUGUAGCUGUUGCAAAAUUCCUCUUCUAUUCGCCGUUUUACGCUAACAAUACAGGCAUGUGGCACAAGAUCUCCAAGUGGUAUAAAAAGUUCUUCCUUUUUCCCGCCGCUACCUUAGCUUACCUUUAGUGCGUUAGCUGUUAAGCGAUUGGUGUACCUUAGCUGACGAAGUGCGACAAUAUGUUGGAGCAUGAAUAUACGUUUCUAGUCCUGUACACUGCGACAUAUAAGGAAGAAAUUAUUACACGAGUACACUGAGCGCGCAUUAAGCGGAGAGAACACUAUUACACGAGGAGACAAUCUGCGUUGGCGUGUAGCGAUUUGUAGCAUGAUUGUGCGCGCUGUAUCUUAAUCCGGGGAGUAGCGACUUAUUUGCCCGUCGAAUUAAACUUGGUCCUCGAUACCCCACUGAAAUUACGAGCUCGUCUUGCAGCCGUCUACCUAAUUGUAUGCGGAUUACACGCGUUGUCAUUACUUUCCACGUCUAUCAAUCAAAAAAAAAAACGCUAGCG